AUGUUUAAUGCUAAACCUGAGUUACCCCAAAAGAGUGUCCUUCAAAUCAAGCAAGAUGACAAGUUCUUCUGCAGGCUACUUACAAAGGAAAGUUCCAUGUCUAACUCAUCUUUCAGAGUGAACAUUGGUGUCCCAUUUAUGUGGGAAUCUCAGCCUGGUAAACCCAAGUACACAUUCUCUGAGGACACUCUCCCUCCUUUAACUCCUCCACCUUCCUAUCAUUUCAACACUAUCAAUGCCUGCAAAAAGCCACAGAAGAAGAAGAGUUCAAGAUCCAAUCUUUUGCUUGCAUUGCUCCCAAAAAUGAAUCUUAAGAAAAUCAUUAUGUCAUCAUCCUCAACUUCCUCAUUGUCAUCCUCAUACUCUUCAUUGUCAUCACCAUCAUCAGAUUCCUCUAAACUUGUUUGCAGAAGGAGUAAGAUGUUCUUAAGCUUUGGAUCAUCUUUUGAUUUCAGGGGAGUCAAUGAAGAAAAUGGUGCUACUUCACCCACUUCCACCUUGUGCUUUGGUUUUCCUCGUACCACUGGUGGUAAUUAA